UAGGCACAAUGGAAUCGGAUACGAAUGGCUUCUUUGGUCUCAACAAGCUCUCAGAUUCAAACCCUCCAAUUCUCUCCGCCCAUAGCCCACCAUCUUCGUCUCGUUCUCGGAUUCCCUCUUCGAGGUUAAUCUUCUUCUCCAACGCCGAUGCCUUCGGCGAGCUCACGGCCGAUCAGUUCAAUGCUCUCGUCUGCCGAUUCCUUCGGGAAAAAGGUUUCAAGCGCACUGCUGCUGAAUUUAAAAAUGAGGCGGAGAUUGAGAAUAUUUCUAUUGAUGAAAAUACAAUAAACAAGGCCCCUCUUCCAUCAUUGGUGCCUAAAGGUCUUCGAUAUACAAAACUGAAGGCAAAUAUGCACUAUACUGAUGCUGGUCUUCUUAUUUCGCCCGAUUGCCUUGAACCUCUGGAUAUUAUCACAAGCUGUGUGCAUGACUUGUCAAAAAUCAUAAAAGACAGGAAGGGAAAAGCCAUUGAGUAUGAUGUAUCUAACCAAGAGCAGCAAGACAACAGACAGGAAAGAAAUAUUGAUGUUCAUGGAGGAUCUCGAUUAAUGGCCUGCACCCCUAGUUUGCCACCAGUGACUCGUCAAGUUUCUGACCCAGAUGUAUUUCUUUUGAAAGGAAAUAGUUCAGAGAUUUCUGCCUGUGCUUGGAGUCCAACAGAUGCUCUUCUGACAGUUGGGUUUUCAUAUUCAACAGCUCUGAUAUGGAAAAUUGCAGAUGACCUCUCCAGUGUUUGUGGUUUAGGACAAAAGAUGUAUUUUCUUAUUCAUGCCGAUGCACAAACCAAUGAGCUAAAUUUGCCUGUCAGCACACUUGCUUGGAAUGGAGAAGGGAAGCUACUUGCAACAGGAUCAUUAAGUGCACUGGCUUGUAUCUGGAGUAAGAAUGGUGCCGUUCAUGGCAACAUUUUUAUCUGUUCUAGUGGACAAGGUGAAGGGAGUUCAUCUGUUGGAUGUGGUAGCGCUGCUGGAGCUGCAGUUGCAGCAGGAGGUGGAGCAGGAGCUGCAGUUGCAGCAGGAGGUGCAGGUGGUGGCGUCAGGGAAGGAGGUGGAGGUGGAGGAGGAGGAGGAGGAGGAGGAGGAGGCGGCGGUGGGGGAGGUGAAGGAGGAGGAGCUCUGGUCCGACGGCCAUGUGGAGCAUGCAGGCAACUUAGGAGGAAAUGUACAGAAGAAACCUGCAAAUUAGCUCCUUACUUCAGUUCUGAAGAUGGACAGGCAAAUUUUGUUUUAAUUAACCGAAUAUUUGGCAAAGAAAAACUUGUGAAAUUGCUUGAAAGAAUAUUACCUGAGCAGCACGCAAUUGCGGUGAAUUCAAUGCUAUUCGAGUUGAGGAUACGUGAUCGCGAUCCAGUUUAUGGAUGUGCUGGUGUAAUCAGAAAUCUCCAAGACCAGGUAGGCGUUGCGGAAGAGAAGAAUAGAAAGCUGAUGGCACAUGUUGAGCAGCUUGAGAACCAACAACAGUCUGCAGCUCAAUAG